GCAACGGCACAAUCGAUUUCCCAGAAUUCCUCACCAUGAUGGCCCGGAAAAUGAAAGACACCGACAGUGAAGAAGAGAUCCGCGAGGCCUUCCGAGUUUUUGACAAGGAUGGCAACGGGUACAUCAGCGCCGCCGAGCUGCGCCACGUGAUGACCAACCUGGGCGAGAAGCUGACGGACGAAGAGGUGGAUGAAAUGAUCCGAGAAGCCGACAUAGAUGGGGAUGGGCAAGUCAAUUACGAAGAGUUUGUACAGAUGAUGACCGCCAAAUAAGACAAGCCGCUGCCUCUUCCCCCCCCCCCCCCUUCCCCUCGGCCGCCUCCCUCACCCGUUCAGGAUGGAAGGAUGGCCUGCUUCCUGGCUGGGACCUUCUCCAGCCCCACCUGUCUUUUGUCUGUGUACCACUCAUGCCCCCUUGGCGCUUUUAGCAGUUUGUGGCUGUACCCUGCUCUGCCUCCCUUUGCCCGCCCUCCUCGUGCCCUGGGGUGGGCGUGGUGGCGGCCAGGGGGCACGGUGCCUCGAAGCCCUUGUGGAAAGCGAUGGGGCCGGAAUACGGGACGCCUUUGGACAAGAGGUGGGUAGGAAGGUGAGGCCUCUUCCCCUGGUUCAACCCCUGCCUUGCAACCCAAAAUCUCUCUACCACCUCCCGCACAUUCAUGGACUGUUGUCGUAUGCAAUUGCAUACUUCCGCCAUCGAUCCUUUGUCUUCCUAGGACGAUCUGCAUUAUCUUGGAUAUAUUGUAAUUGUUAAACCUAAUCAAUACCAUCCUCUCCACCCCCUCCAUCCCACCCCACCCCUCUCCAGACCCUCUCCAUAGCUUCAGGGAAUGCUUCUCUUCCAUUCCAGUUGAUGUAAAGUUUUCUUUUUAUUAUUAUUUGUCCUUUGAUUUUACUUUCUUCUUCUUCUUCUUUGAAAUAAACUUUGUGUUUCAAACUG